AUGAGCGUCAAACAGAACUCACACUCGGCGUCCACAACAUUGUUCAGACGGCUAAUAUUCGAUGGGACUGUCCCGCUUGAAAUAAAGAUUGAUCUCAAGGAUUUGCCAGCAAAUAGUGAUCGGAGUCUUGAAUAUUAUUACGUUCAAGCGCCCAGAAUAUCAUACCUCCCGCUUCUCAUUCCUGAUGUCAGGAAAUACUUAGCCGAGCUCGUCCUCGAUGAUUCUACUCAAAUCAAGGAAGAGGAUUGGUGGUUCGAAGAAACAAGUUCGGGAGCCUUGAUGAAAUGGCACUGGCCCAUAGGGGCGCUGUAUGAUGGUCACACCGUGGCGGCGCAACUUGCCCAAGUGACGGCGUCAGGUUUCCUCAAUGGCCCUGGGUUUGAUCCCACACCGGCGCAUCCUCUGCGGUUGACGUUGCACCUAACAUCACCGCCAACGGAUAAGCUAUUGCUGUCACCGUCAAUCGAGGCAUGCAAGCAGGCAUUCAUGGGACAGGUGAAGGAAGCAGAUUUCUUGCGAUGGGGAAACACGCGACGCGUUACGGGCUUACGGAAGCAAGAGCAAGACGGGAUGUGGGACGGACUCCGAGAACACAACUUUGAUGAAUUUUGGCGCCAUGCCUCCAAAAUAUUCCCAGCACCUGGCUCCAUCCAAACCCAUGCCAAAGACAGCCAUCUUCGGUCACCUUCGAUUGAACCGGUCGCUCAAGCAGGAGAGAAGGAUGACGCCAACAACGUUCGAAGUGUGCCUGUGCGCAUUCAUCUACCAGAUGGCCCCGUGUUGCAAGAUGUCGUCUCUCCUUUGAACGAGGACGGUCGCCCAACAAUGCUCCGUGAUUUACUUCGUAAUCACGUUCCAUUACUGUUCCCACCCCAACCAUCGGUUCCCCUAGCAUACGCGAUCAUUCAAGGCGUAGUUGUUCCGGGUGAGGCUGAGGUCGCUUGGCUAAACACGUGCAUGGGAGGUAUCGAUGGCUUCUUAUCAAUAUUUAUUGGCAUCGGAAUUGCCUCUUGAGUCACAACGAUGGCUACGCGUAACAUCUAUAUUCUCAGCCAUGCGCCGGCUACUCCCCAUCAUUGUACAUAAUGAGUUUGUAACUUGGAUCGCCGCAUGAAUUCAUUGAUUGCAAAAAUUCGG